AAAACGAAGGAAAAAAAAAAAAAAAAAAAGGAGCCUUUUCGAAAUCAAAUGCUUUGAUCCGACUCGUUAAUGGCGACUCAGAUCUGAAGAUAAUCUCGUCCUCAUUUCUGGUGGGAAAAUCUAAAGCUUUUCGAUUUUUGGAGGAGGAGAAAAAAUUAAAGGAACCCAAAUGGAUGAUUUCACAGGAUUGUUAGCGAGAGACUUCGGGUUGAAACCACAGGGCAAAUCAGCUCCGAUGGCUCCUCAAUCGAACUCUUCUGCCGCUGAUUUCAACAGUUUCGCUUCUUCCUAUAGCUUCGCCAACGCCGCCGGGAAAAAGUCCGAUCCUUCGCCGGUGUUUGACGAUCUUGGCCGCGAUGGUGAUGAUCUUCUCUUCAAAGAUGUGUUUAGCGGUCCAACACCAAAGUACGGAUCCUCUUCUGGUGAUUCUCGUUCUCCAUCUGCACCGGCCUUUGACUAUGAUGCUAUGUUUAAGGAACCCAAAUCCAAAUCAGCGUCCGUGCCGGUCUAUGACAAGCCUGUCUACGAUGAUGAGGAUGUGUUUGAGUCUAUUCCUGAGCUCCAAAUCCCUUCCACUUCUUCCCACUCAGCUAGGUUUGAGAACGUUUUCUCUUCCAUCUCCACCUCACCUGCAAAGCACAGGAAACAGAACAGUUCUCCCUUCGAUGAUCUCAUGGGCACCAAUUUGGGGAAAACUGAGACAGACAGUGACCGAGAGAACAAGGGUAGCUCCGUUUUUGAUGAUUUGAUUCCCGGCUUUGGUCGCACUAUUGACCCCCUCGAUAGUCUUGGAAAAUCAGGCCCAGAUAUGAAUAGUAGAAGCCAGAGUCAUUUAAAACAACCAGGAAACAUCAGUGGCUCCCAGUCACCUGUAGAAAGUUCUAGGAGUUACCAUUCUAAGAAAGCUUCAUUUGACGAUGUUUUAGAGCCACAAAAUACGAGUGCUCCACCACCUACCAGUACAGAAGGAAGUUUUGAGUCAUCUGAUGAUGUGUGGCUUACUGUAUCUGAGAUCCCUCUCUUUACGGAACCUACUAGUGCUCCGCCACCUGCGAGACCUCCACCACCAAGACCUACACGUCCUGUAAAAAAGAAGGUCAACGAGCCUUCUAUAUCGAGCUCUACUAACCACCACUCUUAUGUUCCUAGUUCAGCUAGAGCUUCUGUAAAUAGCCCAACAGCAUCUCAAAUGGAUGAACUUGAUGAUUUUUCUAUGGGCAGAAAGCAGACCGCUGCGAAUGGACACCCUGAACCUACCUUUGGUGAAGAUUCUGAUGUUUUCUCUGCUGCUGUUGCAUCAGCUGCUGCCAUGAAGGAUGCCAUGGAUAAAGCAGAAGCGAAGUUUAGACAUGCUAAGGAAAGGAGAGAGAAAGAAAAUUUGAAGGCAAGUAGAAGUAGAGAAGGAGAUCACAUGGAGAAUCAUGAUUCUCGGGAAAGGGAACUUAGAGAAAAGCAAGUGAGAUUGGAGCGUGAAAGGGCAGAGAGGGAGGCAGAGAUGGAAAAAGCCCAGGAUAAGGAGAGAGAGGAUAGAGAAAGAGAGCAGAAAAGAAUUGAGCGAGAAAGGGAAAGACUAUUGGCAAGACAAGCCGUAGAGAGGGCUACAAGGGAAGCACGUGAAAGAGCAGCCGCUGAAGCUCAUGCGAAAGUUCAGAGAGCUGCUGUUGGGAAGGCUUCCGAUGCCCGAGAGCGUGCAGAAAGAGCAGCGGUUCAAAGAGCCCAUGCUGAAGCACGUGAAAGGGCAGCUGCAGGGGCACGAGAAAAGGCUGAGAAAGCUGCAGCAGAAGCUAGAGAAAGGGCGAAUGCUGAAGCGCGGGAGAAGGAAGCAAGGGUUAGGGCAGAACGAGCUGCUGUGGAAAGGGCAGCUGCUGAGGCACGUGGAAGGGCAGCUGCCCAAGCUAAAGCUAAGCAGCAGCAAGAAAAUAACAAUGAUCUUGACUCCUUCUUUAACUCGGUUUCUAGACCAAACAGUGCUCCACGACAGAGAACCAACCCUUUGGAUCCUUUCCAGGAUUCAUGGAACAAAGGAGGAUCUUUCGAAUCUAGCAGGCCAUCUUCGCAAGUGCCCUCUAGAGCAACAGAGAACUUGAGAAAGACCUCUUCAUCAACAAACAUUGUUGAUGAUCUCAGUUCAAUAUUUGGAGCUCCAGCUUCCCAGUCUGGUGGUUUUCAAGAUGUGGAUGGAGAAACUGAAGAGAGACGACGUGCCAGGCUGGAACGCCACCAGAGGACACAGGAGCGGGCUGCGAAAGCACUUGCUGAGAAAAAUGAACGUGAUCUUCAAGUACAAAGAGAACAAGUUGAGAAAGAUAGGAUUGGGGUGACCCUGGAUGUUGAGAUAAAACGUUGGGGUGCGGGGAAGGAGGGAAACUUGCGUGCUUUGCUUUCGACAUUACAAUAUGUUCUUUGGCCAGAAUGCGGAUGGCAGCCUGUUUCAUUGACCGAUUUAAUUACGGCUGCAUCUGUCAAGAAAGUUUACAGGAAGGCCACUCUNUGUAUACACCCUGACAAAGUUCAACAAAAAGGUGCCAAUCUCCAGCAGAAAUACAUUGCCGAGAAAGUUUUUGACAUGCUCAAGGAAGCAUGGAACAAGUUUAACUCAGAAGAACUCUUCUAAAAAAACAUGGGGUUAUGUUUUGAGAGUGUUGUCUGUGUGUCGCCCAUACGAUGAAGCAUGUGCCACUUGUUAAGUAUCCAAAAAUGGUGUCCAAGUUGGAGCCAGAUAGUUGUCAAUAGAGUAUGUAUCUCCAGGAUUGAUUACCCCAUCACUGCAUCAUUAUAGACAUUGCAGCAAUUGGGCAUUCAGUUUUUGUUGUUAAUUUUUCCUCGUCAUUAUCCUUCUUGUGUCCCGUCCUUUAAGAGUACGAUGUCAAAUGUAUUGAUGUUGAUUAUUGUAUCAAAACACAAUACUUGAGAGCUGUGUAUUGUUGUUUCCAAACUAUUUAUAUAUAUGCAUAUACAUGAAUAUUCUUUA